AUGACAGAAACAAAAAAUGCUUCAUUCCUAAUUGAUAUUUUCAACCGUACUGAACGGUGGCUUUCAGAUUCUACGGAAUGCCGGGAUAGUCCUGAGGGUGGAACCAGUUAUGACAAUCGUGCUUGGGGAUGGUGGGUAUCAAGGAAAGGACAGCCGAGGUUUUACUGGGGUGGUGCAGUUCCGGGCCUGCAGAAGUGCGCCUGUGGAGUUGAAGCUACGUGCACCGGAGACUCGGAUACAUGCAAUUGUGAUAGCACUGGCUCAAUCUCUCCACCACUGGUUGAUACCGGCUUGCUGACGUUUAAGGUGACUGUUCGGCUCACUCCAAAUUACUAA